AUGGGUCCUUCUCUUUCAUACUUCUUCACCGCCAUUCGGCUUUAUGCCUGCGCUUUCUACUUUCUCUUGCACUCAGGAGCACGAUUCGGCCCUGCAUCCACAACGGUGGCUGCCCUGUCGAGAUCUGAAGCUGUGCUGGCAACGAAGCCAGAAGCCCUGGUCGCCGUGUAUGGCGUUCUCAAAUGUUACAGUUACUUACAUUACUCGCGAUUGCAAUUUUCUGUGUCAUGUUUGUUCCUUGAUUGUGUGAAGCAAGAAAAAUUAAUGGAAAAGUAACGAGGCGGGAACAGGCGGGAUUUUGCUUUUGCAGCUCGUCUUACAAUUUUGAUUUCCGCAUAGCAGAUUAGCGCGUCGCGGAAAACUUGUCAUGCUAACCAGCUUUCUCAUUCUUUCGCAUACGGAAGGUGAUUAUAGAGGCUCUGAGCAGUAACAGAUCGCCUGAAAAAACGACACCCAUCAUGCAUGUGUACCGUUUGAGAAGGCCAUGCCGUGGCGCGGAGUAGGACCAGUGCGCCAGAAGCGUUGCGGUGGUACGAGGCGGCAGCGCAGCGGCGGCACGUCCCCAGCAUGGUAGAUGCGGCCUCAGGGUUCUUUCGGCUGAAAAAAUUCGACAAGGCUAUCGCCUUCUACAAGAAGGCCGCUGCGAAGGGCAACGACAUUGCGCUGUACGAGCUGGCAGUUUUGUUUUCGGAAGGAAGUGUGGUCUUCCGGAACAGCACGAAGGCCGCCUUCUUGUUUGCCGAAAGUGCGAAACAAGGGCGGCACGUCAGCGCUAUGUACAAUCUUGGGCGUCUGCUAGAAGAGGAAGAGGAACAUCAAGAAGGCCGGCACACGGAUAUGAAAACGCUGACCCCUGAAAGUGGCAAGAAACGCAAAAAUGAUGCUGGCAAAGUUUUCUCGGUGGUUCGCGAGAGCCUCCUCCAGCACACCUCGACGGCAAGUUCAUCACCUGCUCCGGACGAACAUCAAAGACGAACAGGCAGGCUGUUGCCGUGGUCUGAAAGCGAUGCCACGAAUCGAACCGCCUGGGCAGGUCCCGUACUCUCGCUUGCGUUGCAGUUUUACCAAGAAGCUUGCAGCUCCGGGGCGGCAUACCGCGACGAUCCAUCGUGUAAAGGAGGUGACGGACCUGGCGGACUUGAUGUCAACAGUGGGACUGGAGACACAACAUCGACCACCGAAAAAAAUAGAUGCGCCUUCACGUCCUCCUCGCACCUCGGGAAAGUAGACGAUGGCGAGCGCGAGCCCAGCACGCUGUUGAACAGUGUGUUUCCGUCCCGCCCACGCCCGGUAGAAGCAGUGUUAGAGAAGGACACUGCAAAUCACACACAUCACACACGGAAUAAUUUUACGCAUCUCAACAACAGCACCUCAACCGCAGAAGAUGUUGAGUCAUCUUGGUUGUGGGACUCACUUUUCGGCACGAAGGAAGAUGCGAUGAUAGAUGGCAGUCGGCGCGGCGAAACAGCGCGAGCAAAUAUAGCUCACAAGCAAGAUGAUCCAAGUAUGCCAGGAGUAUCGCACAGAAAAGUUAACGUACUGGUAAUUAUCCCAUACAUCAUAUUACUUAUUUGCAUGUGGACACAACAUAUUACGUGGAUCUGCAUCUGGUCUGCGUCACAAAAAGGUCCCCGCUGUAUCAAUCUCCAAGCAGAUGCGUAAACGUCAGAAAAGGCCUUGCUACUCUUCUGACCCCACUCAGCGCGCGUUUGCGAUUGUGUUGACGGGCAACGGAGCGGGAUAAAGAUAUCAUCUUCAGGCUACUAUACUUACCAUAAUCGGCAACAGAAAAAGAUGAAGCGAGUGGGUUGGGUCUGUGCUAACGUUGUCCAACCAAACAAGCCGCUAUCGGCUCGAAAAGCUUUACUUCGAGGCAGAACUCUUACAACUACUGACAGAAAAAUACACGCAGACGCAACAGCACAUCUUUAUUUUUGUUCAGUAUCGUCGGCAUUGUGAUGGGAUUAUUUUUCUACACGACAUCCCACAGUUGUAGCUCCCGGUCCUGAAGUCGACGACCACGACUUUGACGCUGGGUGGGACGACACUGAAGACGUCGACGUCGAGGCGACGAGCAAUGAUAGUUCUAUCACAAGAGGCCUGACGUCGGGUGAUCGGCUCUUGGUUAGCGAGCUCUUUGCCAACAAGACGGAUCCAGAAUACAAUGCUCUGCUACGGCAAUACGCGGCGUUGAUGAGGACAAACACAGAAAUAAACCGCAAAGUCCCCGGCACGACGGCCUCCAGCCACGAACAUCCGCGGUUCAUCGUACCGCCCGAGCACCCAAACUGGCCACGCAUUCGCUCAACCGCAAUACAGACUGCAGCGAAGGCAUGCUAUUCCGUACCGAGAUGAAAAUGCACUACAAUCCAAACACCACAACUCGUUCUUCCAUCAAUGAAGAGGCACAGAUAGAACCACCAGCAGGAGAUGAGCCCAAUUUACUAAAGAACUUCCUUCCAAUAUCGGCGUUGAUUCGUACGCAAACAAGGCUUGUUGUCUUCCGUGACCGAACGAGGAGAAAUCCCUCUUCGCUCGGAAAGAGGAAUGUGGUGUGGUGGAGUCGUCCAUUUUCCUCUUGAUACUCCGCGGCCCGCAUCCACCUCGCUGAACUCGAUCGAAGAUCCGACCUGGCGGGCUACAGUGGCACGGGACGAGAUGAUGUAAACGAGGGAAAAACGCGAGGAGUAUCUGUUGUCGACCCCGAGGUUGCCAUGCAGGCUAACGAGGAGCUGCAGCCCGGUAAGGUCGCAAACCUUUUUGUAAAAGCUUUUGAGUUGGACGACACGCAUGGUAAGGCCGCCUACAACGCGGCCAUCCUGUUUUUCGCAGAAGAGGACCGGCACCUGGCCUACAAAUACGCUCGUAAGGCAGCAGCAAACCACAUCCCGGAGGCAAUGCACAUGCUUGCAACUAUGUACGGACAAGACAACAAACCAAAAAACGCUGAGAAAUGGCGGAAAAAAUUGAAACAACACAAGAAAUUGGAUGAAACACGGAAAAAAAGAAAAACUGACUUAUGAAUGUUGGAAAAAAACAAGAACUCAAGAGCAAAAGCAGUGAGUUCAGUGUAUGUAUUUAAUUCCGCGAAGGUGUCCCAUUUUCAUAGCCCAUUUUUUACAGCCCAUUUACAACUUCCGGGUCUUCUAGCUGCUCAAUCCACUAUACUACCCCUCAACUAUUUCCUCAGCCUCACCCCGAUCUUUUAUUUUUGCAGCUUGAAGAGCGAGUUCGUCGGCCGACAGGUCAGAACAGUGUCCUGUCGAGGAGUGCCUGCAGCUGCGAGCGUAUGAAAAUGUCUGAAACAACCCGUUACUUGCC